AUGCAGGUCCACAAUAGAGACACCUCAACCCUUCCGAUCCAGGGCCCCAACCAAAGUGCACGAGCUCCACAGGCACCGUUUGUUAGUCCAGCUCAAAUGGCCAUGUUUGCACGGGUAACAUCUUAUCCCCAGCUGGGACAAAUCACUUGUCUCCAAACGCCGCAAAUGGGAUUCCGGCCUAAACAGGAUAAGCUGCGUUUCACGGUUACCAUCGAGUCCAGCAGAUCAUUCCCCGCACAAUCAUGGGAAGCGCAGAUCUGGCAUAACAUCACUGGCUCCGAGUGGGGAUCUCUGCCAUUGCAGAGAUGCAACACAGAUCAUGCAGCUCUAUUAACCGGAAAUGCUAGCGAGUACCACUGCAAUCGCUAUGUAUUCUCAGAAGAGGUAUCUCUGCCAGCCGCAGGAGGUCAUGCACAGUUCACUGUCCGAUUCCGAACUGGUCCAGACACAGAAUGGCAGUGGGCUAAUCAGAUUCACCCCGUGAGCGACGGUGAAAUUGUAUACUGCGGACGCCAUUCUGAUCUGGAGAAGGCUGUCUCCACCGACGUCGCUGCACGAGCCCCCAGAGAACAACUGGAGAAGUACAUUGAUAAUCUUCAUGAUGACUUACAGGUCGAGUCCCGACUUAGUGAAGCUCCUGGAUCGGUCCUGUGGGCUCUUUUUAGUGAUAUCGAUGCUGUUCAAAAUGGAUCUUCAACCAUCAAAAAACUUGCACUUGGUAUUCCUUCGUCAGUGGUGAGGUAUUUCUCACUAGUGCGUGUUUCAAGCCCAUGGCUGGGUCCUAGACAUGGCAAAGAUAAGUUCCGACUUGCUGAAGAUGCAAUCUUUUGCUCUUUUCUGCGCGAAGAUGGCGUGAAUCUGGUUCUACUGGCUGUUUCGGGAAUCAGCGAUAUUUUGACAGUGUUUCAGUCAGGUGAGAACGGCGAAGUUGUGAUCUCUGCAAAGAGUGACAAUUCAGAAGCAUCAAAGUUCCAUGUGCUUGUCAGCGCCGCGGAGAACUUUGAAGUUGCCAUGUCUGCAGUAGUCUAUGAGGCACGGAAAGUGGUCAGGCCAUUUUCUGGUGCGAGUCAUGUGGAUUUGGAAGAUUCAGUCCCAUUAUCUCCCCCUGGUGAUGAUAUGGUCCUUGUCGAGAAAGACCCAAGUGCACAGUGGCUUUCCGAGUGGGUUGACGGGCUCACAUAUUGCACUUGGAAUGGACUGGGACAGGACCUUACCGAAGAGAAGAUCUUGCAUGCCUUGGACUCAUUGAGGGCUAAUGGAAUCAACAUUGUCAAUCUCAUUAUCGAUGAUGGCUGGCAGACAAAUGACAAUGAAGGGCAGUCUCAAUUCAAGCAAGGCUGGAAGCAGUUCGAGGCACAUCCGAAGGGGUUUCCUAAAGGAUUGAAACAUACUGUGGGAGCCAUUCGUCGAGCACAUCCCAAUAUCAAACAUGUUGCAGUCUGGCAUGCCUUGUUGGGUUACUGGGGAGGUAUCUCAACGGAUGGGGAUCUGGCUCGAAGAUUCAAAACAAAGCAAGUGAAGAUCAAAGAUCCCGCCGCCAAUGGGCCCAUCGCGGAGAACCUUCCGGACGGAACAAUCGUUGCAAUCGAUCCCGACGAUGCUAAAGAAUUCUAUAACGAGUUCUAUAGCUACCUUACGUCUGUUGGUAUAGACUCGGUCAAGACAGACGCACAAUUCUUCCUUGAUCUCCUUGAGGACCCAGCGGACCGCCGGAGGUUCAUUACUUCUUAUCAAGAUGCAUGGUCUAUCGCGUCACUCAGGCACUUCAGCACUCGGUCAAUCUCAUGCGGGUCAAUGACCCCUCAAAUAAUCUUCCAUUCACAAGUUCCCACCAACAAACCGACACUUCCAUUACGAAACUCCGACGACUUCUUUGCGGAUGUUCCAACAUCUCACCCAUGGCAUGUAUUCUGCAAUGCUCAUAAUGCACUACUGACCCGCUAUUUGAACGUAUUGCCAGACUGGGAUAUGUUCCAGACAAGUCACCCAUACGCGUCAUUCCACGCUGCAGCACGAUGUGUAUCCGGAGGACCAAUCUAUAUCACCGACGAGCCGGGUAAACAUGACAUGACGCUGCUCGAUCAGAUGACUGCACCUACUGUUAAAGGAAUCACGGUGAUCUUGCGUCCUAGUGUCAUCGGACGCACGAUAGACGUAUACCACGACUACAACGAAGGUCAUGUUCUGCGCGUUGGAAGUUACACCGGCUGGGCCAAGACCGGAAGUGGCAUCUUGGGCCUUUUCAAUAUUCAAUCUGCCGAGGCCUCGGUCAUAGUCCCACUGGUGGAGUUUCCAGGAAUUCAUGAGGACUCCGAAGGCCAGUAUAUCGUGCGCGCACACAGCAGCGGUAAGAUCUCGCCUCGCUUGCGGCCAUUGACCAAGAAAUCCUUGGUAUCAGUUGUUCUGGAGCCAAAGGGCUGGGAGAUUCUCACUGCGUACCCGACUCGGUCGUUCACUCUGACGGCAAGCCAUGGCAGCGACUCUUCUGGUGAUAGUCUGAUACAUGUGGCUGUUCUGGGACUUUUAGGAAAGAUGACUGGCGCAGCGGCUCUAGUGACUUCAGAUAUGUCUGUUGUUGAGAACGGCCGUUUACGAUUGGAUAUCAGCUUAAAAGCCCUGGGCACACUGGGGAUUUACUUCUCGGAUCUUCAGAGCAGGAGUAUUGCACGUAAUUUUAUGGUCAUGAUUCUGGGACAGCCAAUUCCACAGAAUACAGUGUGGAAGCAGGGUGGAGAGAAUGCUAAUGUUCUGGCAAUUGAUGUAUUGGCGGCGUGGAAAUCCAUGAAGUUGGAGAGUGGAUGGAGUAACGAGGCCUUUGUGCAGGUUUUUGUGGGUUAA